AUGGCCUCUCAGCAAAUUACUCUGUUCGACUUGCCCAGCAAGGGGCCCAACGCCUCAUGGUCUCUGAAUCCGUGGAAGACACGCUUGCUCUUGACCUACAAGGGCCUCGACUACAAGACAGAAUGGCUCAACUACCCGGAAAUCGCACCACGCCUCAGGCCGCACCUCCCACCCAACGAAACAGGCAGAGCAUACUCCAUCCCCGCCAUCCUCUUCCCAGACGGAACGUACAUGAUGGACUCGCACAAAAUCGCAGCCGCCAUCGAACAGGGCUACCCAUUUCCCCCCAUCCACCUCGAAGCCCCGAUCCUCCCCAAGAUCGAGCAUCUCACACAGGAAGCCAUCAGGCCCCUCUACCCCCUCCUCAUGCACAAGAUCUCGCAGGUCAUCCUCCCCGACAAGAGCUACGACUACUGGGUCGGCCAGUAUGUCCGCGAGCUCGGCAUGCCGCUCGACGAGUACGAGCGCCAGUUUGGCGGCGAAAAGGCCUGGGCCGCGGCUCGGCCGGCGUUGAGCGAGUUGACGGAGCUUUUGAAGGAGGCUGAGGGAGGCCCGUUCUUCCUGGGCAGGGAGGUAAGUUAUGCGGAUUUCGUGUGGGUGGGAGGAUUGGUGUUUGUGAAGCGUGUUGAUGAGGGGGUGUUUCGGGAGUUGCUGGAGAGGACGGGGGCGGGAGAGGUGCAUGAGAGGCUGCUCGAGGCGUGUGAGCCUUGGUUGAAGAGGAAUGACUAA